AUGCGGGCCCAGGCAACCGCGAAGUUGUUCCUUGUAGGCACAUUGGUCGCAGUCUGCAAUGCAUCGAUUGACAAUUUCCUGCCUCAGAGGUACCAAUUGGGUACCCAGCCGAGCAUAACAACCAAACCACUUCAAACCGGCCAAUCCAUCACCGUAGAUUUCGACAAUAAUCCCGUUGUCACCUUAGAUUAUGGUCACGAAGUUGCGGGUUUCCCAUACUUUCAAAUCUCCGAUCUGAGCAACCCUGUGCAGAUCGAAGUCAAGUACACGGAACAAUUUGACGGAUUGAACCAUGUCUGGGCCGAUGGGCCAUACUACUUUGCGAAUGGGCUGUCCAAUUCAUUCCGGGUCGAGACAUUCAACAUCACGGAAACAGGAAAAUUCGAGUCCUAUUUUGUUCAGGGAGGACAAAGAUGGCAGACUAUUACGAUUUUGUCAAAGGGCCAUAUUACGCUGACUGAGGUCGGAUUCGUUCCUACCAUCGACCACGUCGAUCUUGACAACCUGCCUUCGACAUUCACUUGUUCCCAUCCAACAUAUAAUGAGAUUUGGAAACUCGGGGCCAACGCGGCCGCAGCUGCUUGCUUCGACGCUAGGUCCCAGCCCUCCACUUGGGAGGUUACGGAAGAGGGCGCUUAUAUCCGGGGUCAAAAGCCUGGGCCUGGCGUGAGUGGAAUGGACUGGACUGACUACACUAUGACCUUUUCAUCUAAGAUCGUCCGCGGAGGGACAGGCUGGUCUAUUUCUCAGGCUGUCUCGGGUACUGGACUAUUGCUCCUCCUGGUCUCUAAUCUUCCGGAUGAGACAACUUUUGUCAAUACGAAUAAGACUCUUACUCCGGCAAACUCCAUCGUCGUUGCCUCUGGCUACGGGCUUGUGAAUCAAACCACCCUUGACAGCCAGCUUGUUGGAAAGUUCCCUGUAUCUGUUGAUAUCAAGGAAGGCGAAUGGUACAAAAUUUCCACCACGCUCCUCUCUGGCUCCCAGCUUUCUAUUGAUAUUGAUGGAAAUUCCGUUCUGAACAUAUCACUAGCCGACUAUGGAGUCUCUGCGCUGAGUGCUGGUGGCUGGGGAUUCGGGCCCUAUCAAGAUCAAAUCGCAUUGUUCAAAGACGUGACUGUCCAUGCAAGCAAUGGAACACUUCUCUAUAAGAACGACAUGAAAUCUCCCUCAAUCUUAUCCGAGUAUGGCGUGCGACAAAACACCAAAGCUUUGUGCAUGGACGGGGCUAAGCGAGAUCGAUUAGUCUGGCUCGGAGAUUUCUUCCACACCUCGAAAAUCCUAACAUCAAGUACAUCUCGCUGGGACUAUGUUCAAGGAACGUUGAACUACCUGCUCGAUACCCAGUUGCCAAAUGGCCUCGUCAAUAUUGCCCCAUCAAUGGGAUACAAUACUUCAUCCAUGAAAGAAGUUCUCUACCUUUACUCGGGCUUGUAUGACUACCAGAUCCUGGGAGUUCUAUCGUUCACUGGGUUUUUCCUAAGAAGUGGAGAUUCGACUUGGGCCCGAGGCGUCUGGCCUUCCAUCCAAAAGCAGAUUUUGUGGUUACUGGGCGAAAUCGACAGCAAUACACAGCUCGUUGGCUUUGGUGGAUUCCUCGGCGAUGCAAACGGGACUGCGAUUAGCGCCGCGCUUGUGCAGGCGCUGAACGAGGCCGCUAUCGUGGCCGAUGCUUUGGAUGACGCAAAGAGCACACAAAAAUACCGUGACACUGCUGCUAAGUUAUCGAAAGCCAUCAAUGAGCACCUUUGGAAUGAUGACCUGGGGGUCUAUGUGCGCAGUACCUCGUCCAAUACCAGCUACGGAGUUGCGGAUAUCGCUUUCGCAAUCAGCUCGGGUGUAGCGAGUGAGGAACGAGCUGCAUCCUCUUUGGCCAGAGUCGCCGAUUUGAAGCUUGUCCCCGGCUAUAAGGAUCUCUCCACCACCAAUUCUUCUUCUGCCGAUAUUUCUCCGAAUACCAACGGCUUCCUGCUGGCAGCGGCUAUGGAAGCUAAUGAGACCACCAUCGCAAAAUAUCUCUUGGAUAACCUCUGGACGGCAAUGACAGUUGACAAAUACAGCAGUGGUGCUUCUUGGGAGUACGUUGCUCAGGAUUUGAGCCCGGGACUGAGCUUGUUUACCUCUCUAAGCCACCCAUGGGGUGGCGCACCGACCUAUAUUCUUACCGAGCACGUUGCCGGCAUUCGUGCAGUUACUCCAGGGCACAAGACUUGGAUCAUUGAGCCUGCAAUCUCAGGAUUUGAUCUUGAUUGGGCUGCGGCAUCUGUUAAGUCUCAGUACGGACAGCUGUCUGUGAAAUGGGAGCUUGGCAGUAAGGUAUUGAAAGUGAAUGUCACCGCACCACGGGGGACAUCUGGCAAAUUGAGCCUUCCAUCUGAUCUUCAGAUAAAGGCAAUCAAGGUCAACGGACACAAGGUGACUUCAGGGCACAAUGUUCCAUUGCAGAGCGGAUCCUCUAUUGUAACAAUCCAAUUAGAUUGA